AUGAAAACAGCACUUCGACCUAGACAAUUUGAGAUAACAGAUAAAAAGACGAUUAUAAAACGCUGUUCGGCUGCCGGCGCGCCAGAGUCAGGAGGUGAGCCCGCCGACAUCUCGCAGCACCCGUGGCAGGUGUCGCUGCAGCAGCUCGACGCCCACUACUGCGGCGGCUCCGUCAUAAGCCUCAACUGGGUGAUCACCGCCGCUCCCUGCCUCUACUUCCAAGACGUGACGCUGUUCUCCGUGAGGGCGGGCACGUCCACGCGCGAAAGCGGCGGCACCGUCUAUGGCAUUGCUGCUGCGCACCUCAACGAAGCCUUCGACUACGGAACAGGGGAUUGCGACAUCGCUGCCGUCUCCAUAUCUGGUUCCUUCACCUUCGGCCCUAACGUUCAGGCUGUGAACAUUGGCGAUGUGGAACCUGAAGAGGGUGCACUGGUGACUGUCUCUGGUUGGGGCGCCCUGUCAUCCGAUGCGGAGGUUCCCGAGCAGCUGCAAGCUGUGACGGUGCCGGUCGUGGGCCGUGACACGUGCUACAGUAUCUGGGGAGCCACGCAGAACAUGAUCUGCGCUGGUGGGCAGGGCGCGGGCAUGUGCUGGGGCGACAGCGGCAGUCCGCUGGUGGCUAACUCCACGCUGCUCGGCGUCGCCUCCCAGGGCUUCUGUGCUACUCCGGGGAUACCUGAAGUGUACACCAAUGUCGCUGCCCUGCGCACCUGGAUCAGGGAAACAACUGGUGCCUAGCUAACGUUCUUCACGACAAGUAAUGAAAGUUCCUUCAAAAGUGGUACAUUAAGUGUCCUAUGCUGAAUAAAAUAAUUUUUUUGGUAGCCAUAUAAUUGUUCUAUAAGUACUUGUUACCUCUAAUGACAGGAUCUCAUUGUAUCACCCCUGUAAACAUAAAGACAUUUAUUAUAACUA